AUGUUUAUGUGUACAUUUUAUGUAUCAUUAGGAACAAUAUCACUACCACUGAAUUUUCUGAAUAUAUUUGCAUACAGCCGUCGUCAGAUUAGAUCAAAAUAUACGUACCUAAUUUUCUACGAAUGCUUUGAGGUUUUUGAUAGUUUAAGUUUGCUUCUGACGGUGCUGUACAAAAAGCUGUUUUCCGGGAAGACAAAGUUGUCCUUCGUACUUUUUGUGGUUUUGGCGGGACUGACUUCCCUGCUUUUCGCGGCCUUAUCGGCUCGGGGUGAUGAUACUAUUAAUACGACCCGUCAUUGCUCUGUUAUAAACUCGACGAGUAAAGUCUACUCUACCUGGCAUUACACAUUCCUCAUCUGCGGCUACAUAAUCUCAUUCGGCUCGCUGACGAUGAUUUAUUGCAUUUCAGCGGUUCAGGGCCAGAAGAGUCGCAGCUCGCGGGAUCAGAGGUUUUUGAUAAUGUUGCUGGUGUGUGGGAUAUCCGUCGGUUUCGUGGCCGCGCCAUCUGUAGUACUGGUUGGCAUCAGGUGGAACUUCUGGGAAGUCAGUGAUGUGCUGGUGGCGAUUGUCACCGGAAUGCCCGGUUUUAUGACAAUGAUAAAUAUGGGCAUCAACCUGAGAUACCGACAAGACUUCCGCGACUCAUUUCUGAAGAUAUUCAACAAAAACCACAAAAUGCACAGCGAGCUGAGCCGACGCACCGUCACGCAAGCCUUGAAUGUGGUGAUCGCCGCCGAACUUACCGAGACGACCGUCUGCACGGUGAAGCCGAUCCUCUAUGCGCCGUAUUUUGCCCUGAAACCUUUGAGCGGAUUUCGUCUCAGCUACCUUCAGCUGCAUGUGCUCGUGAGCCUUUACGGGACCUUCUUGGUGCACUCCAUUGCCUCCGUGGUAUACAACGGGGUGCUGAAGACGGCGCAGGCGUCGCAGAAGCACCGGAUUUUGCAUGCCGUAGCCAAGCGCUACCUGCUCUCGUGUUAUAUUAUUGUGAUGAUUGGCGGCUGGGGCAGUAUUUGGUUGGCGUAUACGUUUCGGUUUAUCGUUGAUGAUGGCGUUCAGAUUUGCAUGCUCGAUUUUCACGUCUGCGGUGUCGAAGGUGCCUACUUUCUGCCGCAAGGAACCGAAUUUCGGUCCCUGGUUCGAAUCGCGCUGGUCGUUGUCAUCAAGAUCACACCGCUCAGCAAGGAAUAUAAAGUGGCCCAAUCGAAUUUGAUGAUUGCCGCAGAACUAGCCGAUACCACUCUUUGCCUAUUAAAACCCAUCAUCUACGCGCCGUCUCCGGCCGUCAAAGUUCUUGGCCUAGAUUUUAGCCUUUUUCAGCUUCACAUAAUGGCGAGUGUCUACGGCACCUUUCUGGUGCACUCGUUUUGCGCGCUGAUGUACAUCGGGGUGUUGAAGGCGGGGAGCGCUACCCAGAAAAAUCGCCUGGUUCAUUCCGCCGCAAAGUAUUACAUCUUGUUUGUCUACGUUUCGGUUCUGAUUGGUGGUCAUGCAUUUGUUUGGAAAGUGUACUGGCUCGGGCUUUUGAUCAACGACCCGGAAAAGAUCUGUCGGAUCGACACUGCUUUAUGUGGUAUCGAAAAUCUCGUAGUUUUCCGACAAUUUGAUCAAAUGCAGCCGUAUAUCUGGCUGUGUGCCACUGUGGAAAGCGAUAUUCCGAUACCUGCAACGAAUAUUUUGGAGGUUCACCACCCGCUGUCGCGCUCGCUUUGGAGAUGUGACGCCAAUUAUAAUCCCGGAGCGACCCACUGCACU